GAGCAGAGGAUUCGAUCAACUUGCUAGCAAGGAAGGUGUCUUGGCUGCGACCUGUUCGGACCAAGUAGGCGUGGAUGGUCUUUAGCUCUCUCAGUGAAGUGCAUUGCUUGAUAAAAGCGACCAAAGGCCCAGAGUCUAUCAUCCUAAACUCAGCACCUCACAGGCCAGGUCACUCAGUCUUAGCUUUCGAAUUUCGAUCUUAUCGGUAACCUUAGCCACUGAAUUUACAGAUAUACCCAUUUCACGUUUGUUCCUCAUGUUUAUUAUCUCUUUGAGGUUCAAGCGUAGAAUUUGAGAGUUGAAACACACAGAAGACAGAGAGAGCGAAGAGAGGUUCUCCAUUUCUCUUCCCAUUACCAGAAAUGGUACUAGUUCUCCCGCCAUUUUCCUCUCCUAUUACCGCCGGCUUCAAAUCGAGUCGCUUUAUCGAUUCCGAAUCUGUUCUUCCUUCAACAAGUUUUUGCGGUCUUUGCCAUAAAUUUAAAUCCUACAAGUUUCCUGCGUUCAAGCAGAUUCAAUGCUCAAGGUACAGGCCAGUAUCAGCUGCUGCUCGCGAUGACGAUACGUUCACCAAGUACUCCGGCUACAUAUUCGAACUUGGUACGUCCGAGGUUGAUAGCUUAACAGAGUAUAAUCUGGCGAAGAUUACUUCCAUAUAUCGGAAGAAACCAUUUAUCGUCCUUCGUCGUCUUACCCAGAUAGGUAAUACGCUAGGACGAUGGUUUGGGCUUCGAUAUCUUGAUAGUUUGAUGGAGCGAUCAGAUCAGAUGUUUGAGGUUAGAGCUGCAGAGCUUCGAAAAAUAUUGGUUGAACUUGGUCCAGCAUUUGUCAAAAUUGCUCAAGCUGUCUCAUCUCGACCUGAUGUGAUACCGCCGACAUAUUUGGAGGAGCUCUCUUUGUUGCAGGAUCGAAUAACACCAUUCUCAUCUGAAGCUGCUUUUGAAACAAUAGAACAAGAGCUAGGAUUGCCAAUUGAUUCACUUUUUUCGGAGAUCUCACCAAAACCUGUGGCUGCAGCAUCGCUAGGGCAGGUUUAUCAGGCAAGGCUUCGUCCUGGUGGACAGGUUGUUGCUGUUAAAGUGCAGAGGCCUGGCGUUCAAGCAGCGAUAUCUCUAGAUAUAUUUAUCCUUAGAUAUCUUGCAGGAUUGGUUCGGACAGCUGCCAAGCUUAACACUGAUCUUCAGGCAGUACUGGAUGAAUGGGCAUCUAGUCUUUUUCGGGAGAUGGAUUAUAGGGAAGAAGCAAGGAAUGGAUUGAAAUUUAGACCAGAUUUUGGUAUGAUGGGUGAAUUUAAGCAAGAAUUCCGAGAUGGAUUUAUUGAAGCUUGCCUGCAUCUUAUAAACCGUGAUUUUGAUGCCCUGGCAAAGGAUUUUGUCACUCUUGGGCUUCUUCCUCCUACUGCACAGAAGAGUGCUGUGACUGAAGCAUUAACAGAUGUCUUCCAAAGUGCUGUUGCCAAAGGAGUGCGCAAUAUAAGUUUUGGGGACCUUUUAGGAAAUUUGGGAAGAACAAUGUACAAGUUCAAAUUUCGGAUACCCUCAUACUUUUCCCUUGUCAUUCGAAGCCUUGCUGUUUUGGAGGGUAUUGCUAUUAGUUUCAAUCCAGAUUACAAAGUGUUAAGUAGUACAUAUCCCUGGAUUGCUAGGAAAGUACUCACUGAUAGCUCACCCCAGCUCAAGUCUACUUUGCGAGGUCUUCUUUACAAGGAAGGGGUGUUCAGGAUUGAUCGUCUGGAGUCUUUACUAACUGAGUCCCUUCGUGCAAGAACAGAGAAAGCCUCAGAAAAACUGCAAGCAGAAGACAACUCUAGGGUGGUUAUCAAGCAAGUCUUAUCUUUUACACUAACAGAGAAGGGUGCCUUUGUGAGGGAGAUACUUCUUGAUGAAUUUGCUAAGGGUUUAGAUGCACUUGGAUUGGCAACCUUGGAAUCGGUCACUUCUGCUGCUGCUUCAGUGUUGCCAUUUUCUGCUUCAUUUCCAUUGAACGGAAUGUCAUCUGAAGAUAUUAUCAACUUGAAAACUUUGCGUCGCCUUAUGCAAUUGUUCUCAGAAGUUCAAAGGAAUGAGAACACAAAUAUGGGAGUGACAGAUCUCAACCCAUAUGAGAAUCGGAGACCUUAUUCAGAGGAGGCAUCACUUGUUCUGUAUCAACUCACAUCUGUUAAGGAAUUUUUACCAGUUCUCUCUGUCAUUCCUGAGAAAAAUGGAGUUUCCCGAUGGAAAACACAAGAAAAAGGCUGGUCCUGCAAUCAGUUUUUUAUUAGAAAACUCACUAUUCCAUUGUUCUCUGUUGGAAAAUUCCAUGUUUCCGCAAACCAAACAUUGCAUCAAGCUUCCACCAGAGUAUCAACAACAACUGCUUCAGUUGCCGGGUGAUUUAGCUGGAAAACUGAUCUCUCGUGCAGCUGCUAGAACAAUUCGGAGGAUCAUCACAUGACAACAGUGUUCUUGGCAAGUUUAAUGUUGAUGUUUAGCUUCUAUAUGGACCUACAAUCUGUUGGUAGUCAGUUAACCAACCAAGGGAUGGAGACCUCAAAGAACCAAUUUUGGCAUUGAAAUGAGGACUACUGUGCCAGAACAUUUCUCAUGUACGCUUUCAAAAUUGGGGAUAAUGCAUUGAAAUAUAGUUGAGGGAGCAUGACACGACUCUGGAUUACAGGGUUCUGAACUGCAGUAUCUUUACUAUUUCUUUCUGUAAUUGGAAAUCUUAAUUUUUGAGGGAAUUCGAUGCUAGAGAAUGCUACCUGAAAUGAGCUGAGAAUAAUGUUGCAAAUAUUUGUACCCUUCUACCAUCUACUGGUAUGAGGUCUUGCUGGAGGCAGUGCGGGCUCUACAUGGGGCAGAGUCUAGGGUACCAGCAAGAACCAAAAAAAUGAUAUUUUCUGGAAGUCAGCAAAAAUGAAAACUAAAUCCAGUCAACGAAA